ACGAUGGGUGUCAUCGAUGCGUCGGUCGUCGACACGCUGGGCCAGCUCCAGGCCCUCGCGCUCACGCUCGGGAGCGCCGCCCUCGAGCUCCCGCAGAUCGUCGUGCUCGGCUCGCAGUCGUCGGGCAAGUCGAGCGCCAUCGAGGCGCUCGUGGGCCUGAGCUUCCUGCCGCGCGGGUCCGGCAUCGUGACGCGGUGCCCCCUGCUGCUCCACCUGCGGCCGCGCGAGGCCGGCGACGGCCGGGGCGACUACGCCGUCUUCGGCCACCGGACGGACGUGUUCCACGACUUCGACGCGGUCCGGCGCGAGAUCGAGGACCGCACGGCGGCCGUCGCGGGGCCCGGCAAGGGCAUCUGCGGCACGCCCAUCGUGCUCCGCGUCCACGCGUCCGGCGCGCCGGCGCUGACGCUCGUGGACCUGCCCGGCGUCACGAAGGUGCCCGUGCGCGGCCAGCCCGACGACAUCGGCGACACGAUCCGCGCGCUCUGCCAGGCCUUCGCGGCGAACCCGCGGUCCAUCCUGCUCUGCGUGUCCGCGGCGACGCAGGACCUCGCGAACUCCGACGCGCUCCUGCUCGCGCGCGAGGCGGACCCCUCGGGCGCGCGGACCAUCGGCGUCCUCACCAAGGUCGACGCGAUGGAGGACGGCACGGACUGCGCGCCGACGCUCCGCAACGAGCUGCUGCCGCUCAAACUGGGCUACGUCGCCAUCGUCUGCCGCGGCCAGCGGGACCUGGACCGGGGCCUGUCGUUAAGCGAGAGCCGCGCGAAGGAGCGCGCGUUCUUCGCGGCGAAACCGGCCUACGCCGACGUGCCCGCGGCGUGCGGCGUGCCGCGCCUCGCGGCGAAGCUGUCCGCGCUCCUCGUCGCGGCGACGGUCGACGCCGUGCCCGCGCUGCGCCGAGAGUGCGGCCGCCACCUCGCCAUCGCCGAGGCCGAGGUGGCGCGGCUCGGGGGCGACGAGCCGGACGGCGGCGGCGACGCGGGCCGCGACUGCCUGGAGGCGGUGCUGGGCUACGCGCAGGCCUACGUGGCCCUCGUGCGCGACGGCGCCGCCGACGACGCCCUGGGCGCGCCGGGGAGCGCCGGGUCCGGCGCCGCGCGCGUCGCGUUCGUCUUCGAGCGCGUCUUCUCGGCGUCGCUCGAGAAGGUCGACGCGUUGGACGGCGUGAGCGACGACGACGUCCGCGACGCGCUCGCGGCGACGCGGGGCGCCGCGCCGGCGCUCUUCGCCCCGGAGAAGGCCUUCUACUACGUCGUCCGCCAGCAGAUCGGGCGCCUGCGGGAGCCGGGGCUCGCGUGCGUGGCGCUCGUCUGCGACGAGCUCGCGGCGUGCGCGCGGCGCGUCGGCGACGCGGCGCCGCGGUGCGGCCCGCGGCGCGUCGCGGCGCGGCGCCUCGCGCGCGCGCCGAAGCUCAAGGCCGCGAUCCUCGACGCCGUCGCGGGCGUCGUCGGCGCCGCGCGCGCGCCCGCGCUGGCGAAAGUCGAGGAUCUCGUCGACAUGGAGCUCGCGCACGUGAACACGCGCCACCCGGACUUCCGCUCGGCCCUCGGCGACUUCACGGUGUCCAUCGGCGCCCUCGUCGGCGGCGGCGGCGGCUUCUCCGACGACGAGGACGAGGAAGCGGUGGAGGCGCCGCCGCCCGCCGCGGAGAAGACGCCCGACGCGCCGCGCGGCUGGUUCGGCGCGCUCACGGACGCGACGCCGCCCAAGCCGGCGCCGCGCCGCGACCGCCGCGAGUCCUUCGUGCUCCGCGACGCGCCGCGGCGCGGCGGCGCGCCGAAGCCGCGGCGGCCGAAGAAGCUCGACGCGUCCUCCGAAGUCGACGCCGUCAAGGCGCUCGUCCGCGCGUACUUCUCCGUCGUCCGCAAGACCUUCUGCGACCUCGUGCCCAAGAUCGUCAUGACCCACGUCGUCGGUAAGGUCGAGGCGACGCUCCAGACGACGCUCAUGGCCGACGUCUACGCGGGAGGGGACCACGCCGCGCUCCUCGCGGAG